CCCUAUGCUAGUGCAUUCCAAUCAAAGAUCUAUUUUUAAGAGUGUUUCAAUCAACUGUACUUGAGUAAAUCUGAAUUCAAGAGUCCACGAAUGGUAGCUACAUCACAAAAGUGCAAUUUACAUGCAGCAUUUUUGUGUUACAUGUUGGAAGCUUGUUCACACUUGCCUCGGCCAUUGUCAAGUUUGCUGGUUUCCGUAAUAUAGGAACAGGGUGUCUGCUGACCACAGCCUUCAGUGGAGAAACAUUGCCUCCAAUGCAGCUGCUGUCUGUGUUGUCUAACACUGUGAAACUGUGGGACUAGGCUCUUCGCAUUCUUUCAACUUACCUUCAAGGCCAGACAGUGACUGCCUCUGUCCAUCAUUUUUGUCUAUAAUUGUGAAUUGGAAUUUUGCCAGCUAUCCAGCAGGACUUUUGAAAACAAGUUUCCUUUUUUUUUUCUUUUGAGAAGGUAAUAGAGCAAUGAAGAUUUUCAUAGGCUUUGAAGGAUCGUUUGAAUCGUUUGAUGUUUCAGCAGAUGAAACCGUGGAGGCUGUCAAGCUGAUGAUAAAGGAUUAUUUCCACAUUCCUCUCUCUGAAGAUAAACAAGGCAGGAGGUAUCUGGAGCUGACGUAUGCUGGCGCCGCUCUCAAGGACAGCUGGCGUCUUGCUGAUGUUGGAGUAUCUUUCAGUUCAACUCUCAGAUGCUUUGUUAAGGAAGAAGACAAGCCCAUUCUCUACGUGUUCAAUGCUGUAACCCAAGAGACAAUGUCAAUCAUGGAGAGCAUUUCCCUUCUUGAUAAAAAAGUGUCUGAUCUGAGAACACUGGUGACUCUAAGAUGCGGCUUCCCAGUAGGUGUCUACUGUCUGCGGACCCCAAAGGGAUUGGAGAUGUAUGACUGCAAUACCCUCAAGGACUACCAGAUUGACAUUGGCAUGACACUUCGUUUGGACGUCUGGGAUGGAUGGAAGGAAUUCCUGAUGGGUUGUCUCCUUGGAAAAAAACUUAAAGUCCAACGCUAUUUAUCAAAAGAAGGACCAAUACUCAAGUAUCAGAAGAGGGUGGCCCUGUACAUCGCUGCCUUUUGUGGGAACAUAGAAUUUACCGAAUGGGCCCUGAAGCAGGGCGUGGGGCCCCAUGAGGCAGUCGGUGUUCACCCCUACCGAGCUUGGUGCCAAGAAGUCCUUCAUGUGGAUGUCUCUAAAUGCCCCAUUCAUGCGGCUGCAGAAGCAGGCCAACUGUUGAUUCUGAAGGUCUUUGUCCAUUGCAGCGUGCUGUGCCUGGAAUGCAAAAACGCAGCAGGACAGACUCCCCUGACCAUCGCGUUCAAACACAAGCAUAAAGACUGCGUAUUAUAUCUGCUGAGUAAAAUGUGGUCCACGGUUUGUUUUCUGAAAAUUUCAGUCCCGAUGAGGAUUUAUAUUAAGAUAAAACAAUGGGUCCUAAGAGCUCAGGGUCACUGUCUUCAGAAAGGACAGCUCUGUGGAACAAGGGUCUUUGGGACAAAAGUUGGAGACACUAUGAUAGUGGAUGGCUUCACCAAAUCAAAAAUGACCUCCAAGAGUUGGCAUAAAGCUGGGAACACAGACUCACAAAGCACCUCGCACAAGCUACCACCUAUCAGGGAACAAACUACAGGCAGCAAACCUGUCCAUACUUUGGCAAUUUCACAACCAAACACAGGAGUACAAAUUCUCAAAUUUCAUCCGCUGGCAGAUGCAAAUACGUUCUCUGAAUUACAAAGACAUCCACAACAAAAUCAGGAAAAAAUCACCGCCACAGCUAGGAAAAAAGAAAAAGAAAAGCUCGUAAAAAAUACGUAUCUUCCCAAAGUCCCCCUCCCUUCGGUUUCAAGAGUGGGAUAUUCACACCCAUCACUUUUGAAUGCAACACCUGGUGCUGACUCCUUACUGAGGUCCUCCUUCACGUCUUCCGCGGAGCACAGCGGGAGGACACCAAGGGAGAAUGCAAUCUACUGCUUAGCUGUGGCAAGUGCCUUUAAAGAGAAACGAUGGCUUCAGCAGUUAGGAAUAGCAAGAGUCCUGGCCAAAAAGAGCAUUUCCAACCCAAGGACUACUCAAGGAAGCCUGGCAGCUGAUGUGAAAACCCUCCAGAGAUUGUACUUUAAAAAGUCGUAACGAUCCCAAUUUGGACAAAGACCUGAUCAAAGAGA